AUUAACAUUAAUUAUAAUUUAUAAUAUAAAUAUUUAAAAAUUAAAUUUUAUCUAGAUAAAUUUAUCUAGAUGUUUUAAUUAUUUAUCUUAGAUAAUAGCUUAGAUAACAUAUUUCCCAUUUAUCUGUAUAAGAUAAAAGAUAAAAAUGUACCUAUCUAGAUAAUUUAUCUAGAUAAAACACAACACUGCAAAAGGCGCAGUACUGCGACUGUACUGGCAGCCAACAGUUGGCUGGCCCUUACCGGUACAGUACUGGCCAUAAUUUUAUGCAGUACUACACCAGUACUGAAAAACCAGUACUGGUAGCUUAGUGCUGAUCUAGUACUGGCAUAUUACGGGCCACCAUAAAUAUGUUAGCAAAGGCCAGCUAGGGUUUAUUGUAGAUGUGCCAACGUUAGUGGAGUACUGGCAUUUUACGGACUUUGUUUUAAUUUCAAGCAAGGGCCAGCCAGUGUUUGUCGUAGUUGUGCCAACGUUGGCGGUAUACGGGCAUAUUACGGGCAUCAGUUAAUAUGCUAGCAAAGGCUAGCCAGUGUUUGCCGUAGUUGAGUCAACGUUGGCGGAGUACUGGCAUUUUACGGGCUGUGUUUCAAUUGCGAGCAAGGGCCGGCCAGUGUUUGUCGUAAUUGUGACAACGUUGGUGGAAUACUGGCAUAUUAACUAUUAAGGUGCGUACCCUCUGAACGCGGCUUUCUUAAAUGUUUACCAAAAACCAUCGGGAACCCGCGGCUUCGGCCGAUCGGCUAAAAAGAGCCACUUGGCACUCCAGUGGGGACGCACCUUUACGAGUCCAGUUUGAAAUAUUUAAUCAAUAAGAAUUAAGAGCUUAGAGGUAUUACACACGAUAAAAGCGAUUUGUACUACAUUUGUAUUAUUUAAAUGUAGGAAUAUAUCAUUAGCCAUGAAGUCGAACAAAUUAUAAUAUUAGUAUUAUAUUCCAAUACAAAUAUUCAAUAUUCAGUUUUAUGGAGAUGACAGUUUAAUAUGCAAUAUAAUAUUAUAUUGUUUAGUAUAUUAUUACCAUUGAUUAUAUAAUAUAUUAUAAAAUCAAUGUUAUUACGUUUUCUGUUAUAAAUAUAGAAAUCUGUUGUUGUUGAUCAGCCGAUUUUCGGGGAAAACCAUACAACGACUGUAGCCCCCGCCGUACGCCGCACUGUCAAUGUAUUAUCGUUUGAUCAUGACGCAGUGUUCGCGGGCGGCGAUCACACACUCAUACACUCACACGACAUACACGAUAAUUUACAGAUACGUACAGAGUACAGUCUGUUGUACAGUUACUAUUUUUUUUUAUAGUUACUGAUCUUUAUUAUAUUCUACCGUCUCUGUGUAAAAGUGUUUGAAUUUCAACCCAUCUAUCUAUAUACGACUCACGUGUUGACGUUCAUUAUUAAAGUUCAACACUCAACAGUAAAGCUGUACAGUUGCAUUUUCGAUAUGGACUUUAAAAAAGAAACAACCCAUGUCUUAAUAAAAUUUAAUAAAAUAAAAAAAUGUGAUAAAACAACCAUUGACUUAAUACCUAUAUCAUGGACUUAUAUUGAAGAUAAAACAUUUUACUGCAAAUAUCCUAAUAAAAACGAAUACAACAAAAUUGACCAAAUGAGCAAAAUGUCAUCAAUUCACAAGGUGUCAUGGAAAAGCUUUGAAAUUACACUAAUAAAAGAAGCCCGGAAUUAUGAUCAGGGUGUCAAGUAUAUGAAAAAAGCAUUUUCUGAUACUGUCAUACAGAGCAGUACCAUUGAGGAAGAAAAUAGUUCUGAAGGCGAAAGCUAUCCAUCAAAACUAAGCGGAGAUGAGCUUGGAAUGUCUCUAAAAGACAUCCCUUCUUUUAGUAAACAAUAUUCUACAACUGAAAUACAUAAAGUCAAAGGCAAUGAUGCUUUAAUGUUUUAUGUGCCAACGUCAGAUUCAUCUGAUGCCUCUGAAAUAUCCAAUAGACAGAAAAAAAAGUUAUUGCACACCAAAAACUCUCCUUCUUUUAAAAGAUUGAAACAAUCAACCAAUGAAAAAAAAACUAUAAAUGAUGCUAGUUAUUCACAGUCUGAAAUGUCAACAUCAGAAUCAUCUGAUGCCUCUGUAAUCACCAAUAGACAAAAAAAAAAGUUAUUACAGCCAAAAACCUCUUCUUCUUUUAAAAGAUUAAAAGCCAAUGAAGAAAAAACUACCAUAAAUGAUGCAGAUUAUUUACAGACCAACACGUUAGCCCCCCAAUCAGCUGGUACAUCUAUUAAUGCAUAUUCACAUACAAAAUCAAAAUAUUGUCAGGCUUGCGGUCGUUCAGAUGAAGAUUUACCGGUGUCCAAAUCAGACCUAGAGUCACUCAGGCGGAGCAUUGAAUAUCGUAUCAAAGAAGAGUCAAAAAUAACCAGAACAUUAUUAUCAACAACACAUAGUACUACUGACCUAAAUAAAAUAUUAAAAGAUGCACUAAUUGAUUUACCAAAAACGACAUUGGACAAAUUUAAAGAUUUUGAUGAUCAACUCAACAUUGAUAUUGAUUUAAUAAAAAAUUUGAAAUGUUUUAUGGUCAUCAAUAUAAGAGGGAUGGUAAAAAUUAGCGAGAAUUUGACUACAGUUAUCCCUAAAAUAAUGAACAAGGAUGUACAAGUUAUGUAUAGUGCAUUCGGUAGAGAGACAAAUGGCAUAAAAAAAUUAAACUUUUCGGAGACGAAUACAUAUAAGUAUUUACUAGAAGUGCUUGCCAGCAAAUUUCCGGAAGUAAGUGAGAAAGAGUUUGCGGCUACACUUAGUCGUUGGUUUUCUGGAGCGAAAGACAGGGACGGAGGAAAAAAAGAAAGGAUGGCUAAGAAAAACAUAUCUUUAACUUAAAUCUUAAUAUUGUAUUAUCUCAUUAAAUAAAUGAACAUAGGAAAUAU